AUGUCGUCCUUAUCCGAUUGCCCUCCAGAAAUCAUCGAAGUGGUAAUCGACUUCCUCCAGCACGAUCUAAGUGCCCUCAGGGCAUGCUCACAGACAUGUGUGGCGCUUCUCUCUCUGUGUCGCAGAUACAUCUUCCGCUCCCUUCUCAUCAAUGCCAAUCCAACAAUCUCAGAAUACGUCCACAAGAUUACAUACCACAUGAGCAAGGUCGACUUGGAGGAUGGAGACGUCCCUCGGGUACUGGAUCAGCUUCAUAACCACAAUGCACACUCUUUCCAGCUGAUUGGCGCCUCGCUCCCUUCACGCAUGAAAUGGGCACAAUUCCCUCCCCGUCUCGGAGACGCAUUAUUGCGUGUCGUGCAAUCAUCUUCGAUCACAUGCUUAGCAUUCUCCGAAAUCGCCUUCCCCAUCGUUGCUCUGCGCGCUUGUGUGAACCUCACGGAACUCACUAUAUCUAUGGUCGAUUUUAAUGUUUCCGCUGUCGACGAGCAAAGAUCUUUGACUUCAACUUCUAGUUUCGACGUCAGAAUCCCCCAGCUCCAGACGUUCGCUUGUGAGAUGUAUUCUGAUCAAUAUGCAAGGUGCCUCCUCAAUGCUAGACACCCCAGCGAUUGCUGGGUGCUAGGCUUUAGCAAUGUUCGGAUGUUGAGCCUCGAGGUAGAUCGAAAUUCGGAUUUGGCUGUCCCGCGCGCGUUCAUCAAUGUAACAAACAAGCUUGAAACUCUACAAUACGCAGUGUGCGACUCGACCGGUGCACCGUUCGCAGGUAUGGCGGCGUCGAUCAACAAUCCCUCGCUAUCAACGUUGAAACGACUCCACUUCUCCUUCGUGUUUGGAGAUUUAAAGGACCCCCUAUACGGAUUAUGCAAGGAACUCAAUCUUCUCUCAGGAUACGCAAACGUGAUUGAAGAAAUUAGCAUAGCCGCUCGGGUUCAAAUAUACGCUGAAGAUGACAUCGACAGUCAACAGUGGGGAAUGUUGGACACUGCUCUUUCUAAGGGAAAUGGGUUUCCGAUGCUUCGUCAAGUUUCGAUCGAUAUUAAAUUGACACUUAAUGCACAUGAUGGUGAAGGGGCACUCAUAUAUGAGAGGGAAUUAGACGAGAUCCCGACUAGAUAUCUUCCGUGGUUGUCUAGCAUGAAGACAGUCCUGUUCUGCUUUUCGACAAGGGUGUGUUCCAAAUUGCAUAACUACCCCGGUUCCAUGUCGUACCCAUGCCAGUCAGUGACCUUUCCCAUCCGAAUAAUCAUGUCGUCCUUCGCCGACUGCCCCCUAGAAGUCAUCGAAGUGGUGAUCGACCUCCUCCAGGAUGGUUUAGAUGCCCUCAAGGCAUGUUCUCAAACUUGCACAGCGCUUCUGCCCCUAUCUCGCAAAUACAUCUUUCGAUCUCUCCUCCUCGUCACUUCUUCAGAACCCAUUGAUUACCCUAUCUAUCAAUCCAGGAGCCCUAGCAGCCUCAGGCUCACGGUGGUCAGACUACAAUUUUGGCACUUUCUAGACACCAAUCCGACAAUUUCAGAGUAUGUCCACACGUUCGUGUGCCAUAUCAACUUCAAUGAUGACAUUCCUCGGGUGCUGGAGCGACUUCACCACGUACGCUCUUUCAAAAUGAUUAACGAGGUUUUCACAAAAGGUUGGAAAAAACUCUCCCCACAUCUCAGAGACACUUUAUUGCGUGUCGUCCAAUCACACUUCAUCACAUGUUUAGCAAUCUCCUUCGCUUGUUUCCCUAUCACUGCUUUCCUGGCUUGCGUUAACCUAACGGACCUCUCUGUUUCUUGCGUCGACUUUGAUUCCACCGGCGUACUAGAUGAUCCCGCUUUGAUUUCUUCAAAUUUGGAUUUGGAAGUGUCGGAGGUCCGAGUCCCACGACUUCAAGUGUUCACCUAUGGGUUUAUGGGUGGCAAAUAUGCGAUGCGCCUUCUCAAUGCUAAAGUUCCCAACGGCGGCCCAAUGCUAGACUUUACCAACGUUCGGACGUUGAGUGUCUAUGUGGAGGAACAUUCGGAUUUGGCUGUAGUGCAUGCGUUAGUAAAUGCAACGAACAAGUUGGAAACUCUGCGAUACGAUCUGGAAGACUUCAUCGACGGAUAUGGGAGUAUCGCGCUAUCGACCAAUAAGCCUUCCCUAUCAACGCUGAAACGACUCCACCUCUCUUAUGAAUUUGACGCGCAUGGCGAUGCCAUAGACUUCGUCUGUGGAAUGCGCGAGGAACUCGGCAUUCUUUCAGGACUCCCGAACGUGAUUGAAGAAAUUGCCAUAGAGGCUCGAAUCCUAAUUUACGGUUGGGGUGACUUGUGCCGUGUUUGGGGAAUGUUGGACACCGUGCUUUCCAAUGGGUUCCCAACGCUCCGUCAUUUUUCGCUCAAUAUUCAAGCGUCAAUAGAAUCGGAUGGUGUGACGGAGGUUCGUGUGAAAGAGGAGCUAGACGAGAUCCCGGCAUAUCUUCCGUUGUUGUCAAAUACUGCGACGGUCCUCUUCUCUUUUUCGGCAAGGUUUGUUAUGGUCUGUUCGAAAUGUUCUGCGGGGCCCUCUACCGCAUGCACCCGAUUUUUGUCCAGUGUCAGAACAUCCACCGCCAUCCCGCGCGGAUUAUCAAAAUACCUGGAACAACACGAUCAAAAAGUAGUCAUGAAGCAGGCACCGACACCCGCUGUCCGACCAGAAGUACUUUUCUACAAAAUAGCUCGCGGAUCCAGUUUGAGAGACCGCUCGGAAAUUUACAAUCGUCAACAUUUCCCAUGA